AAACUUCCCCCAACUGCUUCUGCUACGGAUGUCGGAAGGUUUACCGAGUCCUUCGGCAGGGGAGAACAUAGCUCUGCACACAAUCCGGCAAGUUCUUCAAUAUGAAACUCGUCCGGAAAAUCUCGAUUUGGCAAAGCUACCACGAGUUGAGAAUAUAACUUCGCAGUACGAACUUCUCAAACUGGUCUACUCGAGAAGUGUAAAUCUUGGGAACACGGUACUGGAUAUUCAUAUGAUGAGACAUCCGGUCGCCAUGGAAAAACAACGUCUACUUUUCAACCUGCAACCUGGCCUUCUGCCACUGUUGGUCAAAAUCACUUUGGACAAAAACCAUCCCUUGAGGGCGUUAGAUGAAUAUUUAUCAAUUAUAAAUCUCAUCGAUCGCAAUUAUCCUACAAUCAAAGCUACACAUCAGGAAAUCAUCAAAUGGUGCAAUGAUCUAGAUAUAGCACUUCUCAAAUUUCUCGAUUGCUCCCUCAUUUGUGCUGCUUUUUCAGUGAACCUUAAAACUGAAAGUAUUCAAGAUCCCAAGUUACUUCCAAGACUAGACCCAACUAUGUUCAGCCCAGUGAACACUCUAUCACCAUCAAUCUUCAAAAAAGAAAUCUCUCAUCUUGGCAACAUUCUUGUCCACGGAGCAGUGACAGCUGAUCAAGAACGCUUUGUGGUGGAGAUUGCCAAAGCGCAUCAGUACUUUUUGGCACGGAAGAUCACAAUUGUGAAGAAUCUGGAAUCAAAUUCCAAAUUCGCGAUUGGGAUGUACAAUGUGGUGACAAAGUUGAAGGAGCGCCCCGCAAUGUUUAUUGGGUACAAAAUCAAUGGUGAUACUACUCUCAACAUUCCCGAAGUUGGCUUAGACUUCAGCAACAUUCAUCCGGUAAUAUGUGUCCACCAGAAAUGUCAUUUGGAAAAUAAUUGUGGACAUUUAACUGGAGAUUAUCGUUACAUAUACAUCAAAGUCAACACCGUCCAUCUCGGAGAUCCACCACUGGGCGCCCGGAACACAGUUAAUUUUCCAGCAAUGAAACUGGCAUGGGCUCUGAGAUCCCAACUUGAGUCAGAACAAGCACCAGCUGCAGUCUUUGACCCGAUGGUUGUGGACAAACAACAGAGGAAGAAAUACCGUAAGAAGAAGGGAACAAAUCUGGAUUACAAGAUGAUUUGGGAGGAGAAGUAUCUGAGAUUUGUGGUCAAAGAGUAUAAGAUGAAAAAUGGUGAAGAUGAGAGAAUGAUGGAAGCUCAUCUGAUGCCAGAAGAAGAAAUUAGUGAUACUCAAGGUGAGACUAAAUGUUUUAAAAUAGUUGGUUUUUUUCUAAACCUGUUAGUUUUGAAUCCGCAACGUUUCAAAAUCGCUUGUAUCCAGACAAACUAUUGUCUGAAAAUUUUCUAG